AUGUCGUACUUCUUCUCCACCCCCGUCGACAUCGACGUCGUUCUCGAGGAUGCCGACGACCGCUCCAUGGUCGACGUCAAACUCGACAAGAACCGCCGCGAAAAGGCUCCCCUCUACAUGGACGGCGAAUCCGUCAAGGGUGCCGUCACCGUCCGCCCCAAGGAUGGCAAGCGCCUCGAGCACACGGGCAUCAAGGUGCAAUUCAUCGGCACCAUUGAAAUGUUCUUUGACCGUGGCAACCACUACGAAUUCCUCUCGCUGAACCAAGAACUCGCCGCCCCCGGUGAGCUGCAACACCCGCAGACCUUCGACUUCAACUUCAAAAACGUCGAGAAGCAGUACGAGUCGUACAACGGCAUCAACGUCAAGCUGCGGUACUUUGUGCGCGUCACCGUGUCCCGCCGCAUGGCCGACGUCAUUCGUGAAAAGGACAUUUGGGUCUACAGCUACCGCAUUCCGCCCGAGAUGAAUAGCAGCAUUAAGAUGGACGUCGGCAUCGAGGACUGUCUUCACAUCGAGUUCGAGUACAGCAAGAGCAAAUACCACCUCAAGGAUGUCAUUGUCGGCCGCAUCUACUUUUUGUUGGUCCGGCUGAAGAUUAAGCACAUGGAGCUGUCCAUUAUUCGAAGAGAAACGACGGGCGCCGCGCCGAAUCAGUACAACGAGAGCGAGACGCUGGUGAGGUUUGAGAUCAUGGACGGUUCGCCGUCGAGGGGGGAGACCAUUCCUAUUAGGCUGUUCUUGGGAGGUUUCGACUUGACGCCUACGUUUCGGGAUGUGAAUAAGAAGUUCUCGACGAGAUAUUACCUCAGUUUGGUCCUGAUUGAUGAGGGUGAGUUACUCCUUUUUCUGUGGUGCGUAUAUCCCAGCGCAGUCACAGUGUCGCUGACAUGUCUAGAUGCCCGUCGGUACUUCAAGCAAUCCGAAAUCAUUUUGUACCGCCAAGCUCCCGACGGCCUCGCCGAAAACACCGCCGGCGGUUUGCAGCCUCUUCCGGCUCCCAACGAAGCCAAAUUAGCCGCCGCUCAAGCUGCUGCUGCCCAAGGAUAG